GAGGACCCGCUCGUGGUCGUGUACCACUACGCCUCGGGCGCGGGGCUCGCACUGCUGGCGGCGCCUGGCGGCGAGAGCGCGCGCGAGCCGGAGCUCCUCCGGCAGCUGGAAGACGGCGAGCACCAGUUCGGGCGCGGCGUGCAGGUCUUCAAGAAGGCGCCCGACGGCUGGCCCAGCAAGAAGAGGAUGCUGCUGGAGCUGAACUGGCCGAGGGUCGGCGAUCCCGACCGGCCCGACAUGGCGGACGAGGCGCGCGUCCUCGCGAGGGAGGGGGACUCCAGAGCGCCGCCGGACGAUCCGCAGAAUGCGAACGUUUGCGCGGCGAUCCUCAGGAAUCCCAGGGUGGCCCAGAAGGUAUACUGUGUGCCCGUGAUCGCGCCGAGUUCAAUGGUGUGGGACAUCUGGGAACGUCGACUGCCAGACCUGGUGGCAGCAGCCCCGCCAGGCUGCAACAGAUUUGGCGACCAGCAGUGGGACGGGCGCGAGCUGUACGUGCUCCGCGUGACUCCAGAGGGCCGCCAAGAGGCGUCGCUGCUGGGCUACGACGCCAAGAUCAGGGCCCUCGAGCGACGGCUGCAGCUGCUGCAGCAGGGGCACAGACAGCCGGACGAGUCGGCCCUGGCCUGCACCAGCUACCUGGCCAGGAUGUGGCAGGCCAUGGGGCGGCUCAGCGAGGCGGAGAAGCUGUUCCGGCGGACCCUGGAGGGCAGAGAGGCCCUCCACGGCCCCCGCGGCGCGCAGACGCUGGCGGCCAGGGCCGCGCUCGACGAGUGCCUCCGGGCGCAGGAGGGCCCGGCCGAGACGGAGCAGCGGCUCCGUGCCCUGGUGGCGGCGAAGGAGGCGGCGCUCGGGGAGCUGGACCUCGGCACCGUGGACGCCGUCGACGACCUCGCCGGCUUCCUCCUCCGGUCGGGGCGCUUCGGGGAGGCUGCGGGGUGCUUCAGGCGCGCGCUCGGGGCCCGGGAGCGGGCCCUCGGCCUCCUGGACCCCGCGGCCCUAGGGUGCGCCGCCCGGCUGGCGGAGGCGCUGUCCGGCAUGGGCGAGUACGACGAGGCGAGGCAGCUGCAGGAGCGGGUGUACGACGCGUGGGAGAGCAGGGAGGGCCCUGAGCACGAGUCCACGCUGAAGGCUUUGGAGGCGCUGGCCAACACGGCCCGCGUGAUGGGCGCGCUCACCAUGGCCGACCCCUUGCUGCGUCGUGCGAUGGAGUUCAGGAUUUGGACCGAUGGUGGGGCACACCCAGAGUCCAUACGCGCUAUGAGCUGCCUGGCCGACGUGUGGAAGUCGAUCGGGCACGGGCAGCUUGUUGUGAACAUGCGCCGGGAGAUUCUUGAGCUCAUGGGGAGGACUUUGGGGCCUGGCCACGCCGACACCGUGAAUGCUAUUGGCCGACUGGCCGACCAGCUGGCCGCGGUGGGCCAGCACCAGGAGGCGGAGCGGCUGUGCCGCGACGUCCUGAGCAGGGCCGGCGAGGAGAACGGGGCCACGCACCAGAUCACCCUCAGACACGCCAACAGUCUCGCCAACCUGCUCCACAUGAGCAACCGCCCUAGGGAGGCGGAGGAGCUCUACCGCGCCACCCUCCGCGACCGCGAGGCGGAGCUGGGCACGGAGCACGCGGAGGCGCUGCAGUCCGCCAGCGACCUGGCCAGCCUCCUCCGGACCACGGGCGCCCUCCCCGAGGGCGAGGAGCUGCACCGGCGGACGCUCGCCGCUCGGAGGGCGGCGCUGGGCCCCGCGCACGCGCGGACGCUGGAGUCCAAGAACAACCUGGGCGUCAUGCUCAGGAAUCUCGGACGCCUGGACGAGGCUGAGGCGCUGCACCGGGAGGUGUCGCAGGAGCGGGAGAAGGCGUGCGGCAGCUCCCAUCCAGCGACGCUGCAGUCCCUCAACAACCUGGCCGUGGCGCUGGGCAGCCUCGGGCGCUUCGCCGAGGCUGAGGGCAUAUACUGGCAGGUCUAUUUCUCCAUGGAGAUCUCUUUGGGGCGCACCCACCCGCAGACGCUCGCUGCCCUGAACAAUCUGGCGAACUGCCUGUGGAACGCUGGCCACCACUGGCAGGCGGAAGAGUUCCACCGCCGAGCACUGGAGGACCGCGAGUCCAUACUUGGCCCCACUCACCCCAGCACCCUGCAGUCCCUGAACAACCUGGCCAACAUCUGGCAGGCGCUGGGGCACCUCGAGGACGCGGAGACGCUGAGGCGGCGCGCCCUGGAGACCACGCGGCAGGAAAGGGGCGACGACCACCCCCUCGUGAUGACCUUCGCGGGCAGCCUGGCAGGGCUGCUCCACGCGGUGGGCCACCUCGAGGAGGCGGAACCCCUCCACCGCGAGGUGCUGCAGGCGAGGGCGGCGAGGUUGGGCAGCGAGCACCCUGACACCCUGCAGUCGAUGAACAACCUGGCGGUCCUGCUGAAGGCGACGGAGCGGUUCUCGGAGGCGGAGGACCUGCUCCUGAGCUCCUUGGACGGCCAGCAGCGGGCGCUGGGCCCCUCCGCCCGCGGGCGCCCCGUGUGCUCCCACCGCGCCUGGCCAGGGGCCGCCCUGGGCCCUCGGGGGCGGCGCGCACGUCGGGGGCGACGACCGCACCCUGCGGCCCUCCUCGCGGGCGCAUCUCACCACUCGCUUGUGUUUCUGGCCAGCCCGACAGGAGGCCAAUGCGCUUCGAAAGGCCGCCGCGGACGCCGCCUCCGGCAUUCGGGGGCACCACUUCUGACCCGUCGCCCAGGGCAGCCGCUACCUCCUUCCUUUCUCGCUCGUCUUUUCUCCCUUGGUGCUCGUCGUUCGCCCCCCUUCCCCUGGCCUGCCCACUCCCCCUGGCCCCAGAGCCCUUCACUGUCGUGGUGGUGGCCGCCGUUGGCCCCCUCUGGGCUUUCUCCCCGCUGGCUCUCGCGGGAGACCCCGCGCGCCAGCGUCGGCGCCGCGAGCGCAGCCCGGCUCUCUCGGUGUGGAGCGGACCGGCGCACGGCCAGUGUGGCCCGGAUCCCAAAGUGCUCCGCUUUUCCUUCGUCCGAGGCGGGGGCUUCUCUUCGGGCGCGACAUCUGUGCACGGGGCGUUGCCAAAAAGGCGCGCCGCGAAGAGGCUCAAACCCUCGGACGAGCAAGGCGUCCAGAUCUCCGACGAUGUGUGUUUUUUUCCAUUCGGAACUCACAUCGGCAGAUGUCCGGGCCCCUCCGCCAAGCAAGGGGCGCCGCAUCGUAGACCUGAGGCUCCAACGUCGUGAUGCAGGCCUCGGGAGA